UGAGUCCUUUGUCCCUUGGAGCCCCUCUGUGACAAGACCCCCGGUGCCCGCCGCUCUGUGGAAGACUCUCUCUCUCUAUCAUGGCCCCCAAGAAGCCCGAACCCAAGAAGGAGGCAGCCAAGCCAGCCGCCGCCCCCGAGCCCGAGCCGCCCAAGGAGCCAGAGUUUGACCCCAAGAGCGUCACCAUUGAAUACACUGCAGACCAGAUUGAGGAGUUCAAGGAGGCCUUCACACUCUUCGACAGGACACCGACCGGGGAGAUGAAGAUCACUUAUGCCCAGUGUGGGGACGUGCUGAGGGCUCUGGGCCAGAACCCCACGAACGCUGAGGUCGUGAAAAUACUGGGGAAGCCCAAGCCCGAGGAAAUGAACACCAAGAUGCUGGAUUUCGAGACCUUCCUCCCCAUGCUGCAGCACAUCUCCAAGUCCAAGGACCAGGGCACCAUGGAGGACUUCAUAGAGGGUCUGCGCGUCUUUGACAAGGAGGGGAACGGGACUGUCAUGGGGGCUGAGUUACGCCACGUCCUCGCCACGCUCGGAGAGAAAAUGACAGAGCAUGAAGUGGAGCAGUUAAUGGCUGGACAGGAGGAUGCUAACGGGUGCAUCAACUACGAAGCUUUCAUCAAGCACAUCAUGUCUGGAUAAAAGAUAGCCCCCGACAAGCUGAGAAGCGCCUAAGAUCAAAACGACCUAAAACGACCUUCAACGAAACCAGCCUUGUGAGCCUUCAGUGUACAGCGCCCCCUAGUGCUGAGAAGUGUCCUUACACACCCUGGUAGCUACAGCGGCUUAGAGAUCCGGGCGCUUGCUCGCUUGCUCUCCAGCUCACUGUACUUUUCAUGUAAAAAGACACAACUUUGUUCGUAUAAAAAGAAGAAAAGUCCUGUUCCCGAUGUUCAGCUGUCUGAUGAUAUUUUUAUUUAUUUUUCUGUCAUAUUUCAAAGAUUAAAAUAAAUUCAAAUUUGA